AUGGCCCCGACACGGACACAGAGGCCUACUCCGUCGCGCAAAAAGUCGUGUCUGCCGUGUGCAAGGUCCAAGGUCCGUUGCGACCUUGAACGUCCGUCGUGCGCGCGAUGCGUUGCAUCGAAUCGCCCCUGCCGAUACGCAACGGCCGAUGGUCCUUCAUCACCGGCCGCGCCUCGACAUGUCGUCGCGCCGACGAGCAACGCAACAUCCGCAUCUCUGUCGCCGAUCUUUACGGGUCCGGCAGAAGCAGACUAUGUGGAACCGUGUGUGACACGUCAAACUCCGGCCCCGACGCAGGACGUAACACCCCAGACUUGCCAUCUGAUCUCGUUGAACUUCUCACACCUGGACCUUGUACCGCUUGCUGAUGCAGAUCAAGUUCGCGACCGGUGGUUGCGGCCAUUUCUCGAUGUCGGGGAUCGAGUGCCCAAAGCGUUUCACCCAUACACGCUGCAGUACAUGAGCUGCGUACUGCGAACGUACCCCAAGCAGAUGGCCGGAGACGACGUCCCCCCAAUGAUUCAUCCCAUGCAACUGUCGGACGGCACCCCGACAGCCCUAGCAAACUGCUACAGCUUGGUCCGCUUGUGGCAUCAUCGCGCAGAUGGAAGCGAGGGUAUCGUCGCGGAGACGGUUGGGCGGGAGAUGGACAGGCUGGCGCAGCAUGACCCGAAUGCCGGAAACGUUGAUACUUUGAUCGCUUUCCAGGCAUACCUCGCCUACUCCAUCAUGGCGUACUUCUCUCCCAUCUCAAGUAGUCCCCUUGUCAAUAACGCCACCAUGGUCACACUUGAAGAGAUGGCUUUCCGGACCGCUCAGGGGGGCCUCGUCUUGCACUCCGAACUAAACGGCACCCGCCCCUCAUGGGAGUCGUGGAUCGUCGCUUCGGUCAAGCGGAGGGCCAUGUUUACGUUUUACCUCCUCAGCAGCGUGUACAAUGCCGAUAGCAACUUUCCCAACUUCCUCGCAGAGGAACUACAGGAAGUGUACGCGCCUGAUUCGAAGCGAGUCUGGGAGGCAAGGAGUAGGCAGGAAUGGGAGCGUGAGUACGCACGGCAUCUGUCGCUAUGGCCGGAUGGGCCGCUAAAGAUCUCCGAGCUGUGGCGAUCGCCGGAUACGGGAUCAACCGGCCGUCGACAGAGGAUCGACCGGUGGGUGCAAGGUGCCGACGAGUUUGGCAUGAUGCUGUUUGCAGUCUGCGUGCACCUUCACGGAUAUUGA